AGAAUAAGUGCAGGUGUGCAUUAAGUUCAUACAGGAUAGAUGCAUAUUAGCGUUACAAAUCAAACUGACUUAUGAUUAAAAGUAUAAUAUGUUGUGUUCUUUCCCCUUAUGUGGAGUAUAAAAUGAGAUGCACGUGAUGCUGGGUCGAAUUUUAACUGGCGAAGUUCACUGUUCAUGGUCCUGUAUGUCCCAUAUGUUUGGAGCUCGACGUGGUCAAUUACUUUUUUAAAUGUAAAACCAUACAGCUUUUAAUCAGUGGAAUUAUGGUAUAUUUGUCAGUUUGGGAUAAAUAUUAUACAACAAUUUUGUCCAAGAUAGAAUUCUUUAGAUGUUUAAAUAAGUUACAAAGAAGGCGUCUCAUCAUAGAAUGUAAUGUCAUUAGCAAAGUUCUACAAUAUUAAAGUACACAAUAAAAAAAAAAAACAACUAAAUUUGUAUCAAGUACAGAAAUAGCUGUUUCCCUGCAGUGAAUCAUCAGAUCGCAUGGUGUCAGUGUGUUAGAAAAUUGCCUGCUGCUUCUUGUCGUCACCAGAUUUUAGACCCACCUCUUUCUACAGAAGCUUUGCAGUUCGAACGCGUCUCUCUUGCGUCUCGGUUUUGGAACACUGGUUUAUGUUUUAAACGAUUUUGGGGGAGAGCGAACACUUGCUCAUACAGAUGUGUUGGAUCGGUUCAUUGCAACGGGAUAAUUAAUCAAGUGAGGCGUGGACAGUAAUUUGGUUUUUAAUCAUGAAACAAAGCGGGUGCGACACAACGAGGGCGAGAAGACGCUGGAUCGGUUUCAUAGUUAUUAUGCUUUUGUGGACUAAGGCUUCCGCGCAGCUGAGAUAUUCCAUUUCUGAAGAAGUACAGGAAGGAACUGCGGUUGGAAAUAUAGCGAAGGAUCUUGGAUUGGACAAGAACACGCUGAGAGACAGGAAGUAUCGCAUUGUUGCUGGUGCUACAGAUCCUUUUUUCCAGGUAAAUCAGAACGAUGGCAUCUUGUACGUCAGCCGCGUGAUUGACAGGGAAGAGGUCUGCGAGCGUAUCAGCACAUGCACGAUGAACCUUAAAACGGUGCUCGAAAACCCUCUGGAGGUGCACUAUGUAGGAGUGGAAAUCCUAGAUGUAAACGACCAUUCGCCCAUCUUCCCCGAGGAGGAGAAAACGCUGGAAAUCUCUGAGUCUGUGCCGCCUGGUGCGCGCAUUCCGCUACGACCGGCGCGAGAUCCCGAUGGCGGUCUGUUCUCCAUUCAGCAGUAUAAACUUAGCUCAAAUGAACACUUUCGUCUUGAGGUUAAGGAUAAAGGGGAUGACGGCAAAAUACCUGUAUUAAUAGUGCAAAAAUCCUUAGACAGGGAAAUUACAGGAAGCCACUCAGUACAGCUGACGGCAGUAGAUGGAGGGAAGCCCCCGAAAUCAGGCGAAAUUAAUAUCACAGUGAACGUAUUAGAUGUGAACGAUAACGGACCCGUUUUCUCAAAAGAUGUUUAUUCUGUCAUGCUCGAUGAGAAUUCUCCGGUGGGCAAAGUAGUGAUCCAAGUGAACGCAACGGAUUUAGAUGAUGGUCCAAACGGAGAUGUGGUUUACUCGUUUAGCAACAGUGUGAACCCUAAAUUAUUCAGUAUCUUUGAAAUACACCCAUUAACAGGUGAGAUAACUGUGAAAGGUCUAAUAGACUACGAAGAAAAAGACAAAUAUGAAAUAGAAAUUCAAGCAUCAGACAAAGGUUUGGCUCCACUGGCAACUCAAAAGAACGCCAUUAUCAAGAUAGUUGAUGUGAAUGACAACGCACCUGAGAUUGAAGUUACCUCAUUUUCAAACUCAAUUCGUGAAGACUCCAGACCUGGAACUACAGUUGCCCUGAUAAGUGUAAAUGAUCAAGAUUCUGGUCUCAAUGGAAAAGUUAUUUGCUCAAUUAAUGACGAUGUUCCCUUUGCUUUAACACCGUCUCUACAGGACAGAAUGUAUUCAUUGGUGACCAGGUCACCUCUGGAUAGAGAGCAACAGUCACACUACACCGUGACAGUAGUGGCAAAAGACGCUGGACAUCCGUCUCUCUGUAGUGAAAAAACAAUAACUAUCAUGUUGUCAGAUGUGAAUGACAACAGUCCAGAGUUUUCACUGAGUCCUUAUACUUUUUAUAUCACUGAGGGAAAUGAUCCAGGAGCUUCAGUGUUUUCUGUUAAAGCUUCAGAUCGUGAUGAAAAUGAUAAUGCUCGUGUUUCAUAUCAUAUAUUAAGAGAUGGACGUGAUGAAAAACAAGUUACUUCAUUUUUGAACAUCAACUCUGAAAACGGAGACAUUGUGGCGUUGAAAAGUUUUGACUUUGAGACCCUGAAGACGUUCCAGUUCCAAGUCGUGGCCUCAGACUCUGGAACUCCGUCACUGAGCAGCAACGUCACAGUGAACGUGUUCAUCCUGGAUCAGAACGACAACGCUCCAGUCAUCCUGUAUCCAGUCAGCUCCAACGGUUCUGCUGAAGGUGUGGAGGAGAUUCCCCGCAAUGUGAACGCAGGACACUUGGUGACUAAAGUCAGAGCCUAUGACGCUGAUAUAGGAUAUAACGGCUGGUUACUGUUCUCACUGCAGCAGGUCACUGACCACAGUCUCUUUGGCUUGGACCGCUACACAGGACAGAUCAGAACACUGCGCUCAUUCACAGAGACAGACGAGGCUGAGCAUAAACUGCUCAUACUGGUCAAAGACAAUGGCAACGUCUCACUCUCAGCAACAGCUACUGUGCUGGUGAAACUGGUGGAGCCCAAAGAGGCUUUUGCAGCUUCUGAUGUCAAAAGUUCAGCAAAACACGAUGAGGACAAUAAUGUGACUUUCUACCUGAUGAUAACUUUGGGCUCAGUUUCAGCACUUUUCCUCAUCAGCAUCAUUGUGCUGAUUGCAAUGCAGUGCUCAAAGUCCACAGACUAUACUUCUAAAUAUCUGCAGGAGCCUAAUUAUGACGGGACACUGUGUCACAGCAUCCAGUACAGAUCUGGAGACAAGCGCUACAUGUUAGUUGGACCCAGGAUGAGUGUAGGAUCUACUAUAGUCCCAGGAAGCCACGCAAACACUCUGGUGCUUCCUGACAGAAGAAAAGUGUCUGAAGAGCCCAAGGCACCAAACACAGACUGGAGAUACUCAGCCUCCCUGAGAGCAGGAGGUGUAAUGCAGAGCUCGGUGCACAUGGAGGAGUCCUCAGUGAUGCAAGGUGCCCAGGGUGUCCUGGUUCAGAACUGGCCCACUGUUUCAAGCGCUGCUGAUGGUGAAGGGGGAGAGGUAUCGCCCCCAAUGGGUGCUGGAGUAGACAGUAACAGCUGGCACUUUCGCUAUGGCCCGGGUGGACCCGGUGCCCCCCCACAACACCUGAAACCUGGCGAGGUUCCCCCAGAAGCCUUCAUUAUCCCUGGCUCCCCUGCAAUAAUAUCCAUCAGACAAAACCAGGGAGGAGAGGACGACAAGAGCGAUUUCAUCACCUUUGGAAAGAAGGAGGAGGCCAAGAAGAAAAAGAAGAAGAAGAAGGACAAGAAGGACAAGAAGGAUAAAGGCAAGGAUGAUGGAGACGAGUAGAGAAGCAGAGCGAGAAAACAGCAGUGGAAACGGGCAAAGUGUUAAAACAGAGGUGCCAACCAGAGUCCGCUGGGUAAAAAGAACAUGUGAAAAUGACAGAACUUUCAAUUUAAUUUCCACCUACAACCUUUUAAUUUCUGUUAUGAAGCUGGCCUUACCAACAUUUACUUUACCUUUAGUCCUACCAUGGGGUAAAUUAUUGACCUUGCCUUGUUACACUAUAAAUUGAAUGAUUUUGCUCCCUCCCCUAUGUGCCUCUAAACCCUGAGUCAACAUGUUGGGCACAGUUUAAUAAGAAAGGACUAAUAACUUGAAUCGUUUCUGCUUUAACCCAACGGGCACGUUGGAACCUCUGUCUUACCGCCUUCCCAACUACGAUAUGUAUACCAUUCUCUCUGAGAGAAGAUGAAUACUUUGUAUGAACAACGAAACGCUCUGUGCCAGUCAAGGAAAAGAAUGACAAAGAAGAUCGAGACCGAUGUAUGCAGUCUGGAGCUGGACACACACUUCUUGUAAAUAGCACAGAUGAGUCACAGAAACUAUGGCUAACAUGAAACUGCUGCCGAUUUUUCUGGUUAAUACCGUCAGUGUUUCCUGAAAUCUCAAUAAGACCACAUGCACACGCGCAUGCUCACGCGUUCAAAUGUGCAAACACAAAUGCACACACACACACAUACACACCAUGACCGAGUGGACACAGACAGCAAUUGAGACCUUCAGAGAAGGAGCAAAAGGAAAAGCAGAGAAAGUCAACUGACAUCAAAGAAAUGUGCUUAAAACUAGACACUGCAAGCUUUCCGCGCCGCACAGUCGCCACCGCGGUGCACAUAUGUACAUGGACUCUCUCGGGAGGUGAGCAGCAUCCUUUGAAAUCACUCUGCAUUUGCUCGCUGCAUUGGAAGGACACAGAGAACUUCAUCUCCAGCCAGAAUCCCAACUGAAGGACUCGGAGAGCCCCGGAAAGAUGAAGAAAUGGGGUAAAAAAAAAAAAAAGAAAUGUGGCGACGUGCAUUCUCCUGAGGAUCACAGAGGGGAGAGACCAGUUGAGCUGGCUUGUGACUCCACGUUCAGUCAGUGGACUCUGACGAAACCUUACACCUUCUCUUCUCCCCCUGCUGCAGCAAAAGCCAAAUGCUUUCUGCAUUGAAUGUUUGGUAGAAACCAGUCCUUACCUGAAACCUUGAGUUUACAACCGAACCAUCCUUCUCCCCCCACCUGCCUUUCCCCUCUGCCACCCAUUCCACUGACUACAUGUGGUGAUAAAGUUUAUAGACUGUUUUCAUUUAUUCUCUGAAGAGAUUCACUCAAACAAACUCUGGCCUUUUUGUUUAUCAUCAUAGCUUUAACUGCUUUUGCAUGUCGAGCCCACCCCCAUUCACCCUCAGACACUGCCCUUACCCCCUUCCCUCCGAUCUGGCCCCGCUCCUGGCCUGCUCUGAACAUUGUGGUGUGCUGAAAGCAGCAUGGAGUAAUGUGGACGAGGCCUGGAGAAGCCCAGUCGGCUGUCUACGUCCCUGAACCCUCGUAAGAUGUUUCUCUAAGUGCACAACGGUUCAGUGCUUUUAACUUUUACACUGUCCAUUUUCUGUCUGUAGCCAUUUAUGAGAGGGAGCCGGGUGGGAUAAGGCAGAUCACAGAGUAGGAGGGUUGGGGACGCAGGUGCUGUGGGCUGUCCCUCCUCCUCCACAUGCAAGAAGAGAAAAUUAUUUUCCAAAUUGAUUGUUUAGGAUCCUGGAGUCUCAUAUUAGCUUUUAUGUACGCUGUAAAUGUAGCGUAGACUUUUCAUAGAUUGUCUCUACAUUAGUAACUGAAAUCUGCUAAACUAUGGGCGUCUAGGGAUUCCCAUCUGACAGCUAUAUCCCACCAAUCCCCUCUCAGGAGGUUUUGAAAAUGGGGGCACACGUAUGCCUCGAGACUUGCUUCUGUUGGUUCCCCCCCCUUGCCUGUAACUUGUUGCCACGUCUCCAGACUUGUGCGGCUCAGUAUGACGUCACUCCAUUAAGUGGCUGCUGCAUGUACUGCUCUAAGGAAACACAUACUAUAUAGAGAAAUAUAUAUAUGAAUAGAUAGAUGGCUAUGAUUUUAUUCUUUUGUAUUAUCAUUUUCUUCAUGACUCACACAGAAGAUAUUUGUAUGUACUUCUGUCUCUGCCAAACAUCUAUGUACUACAAUCUUCACUCUCCACAGAUGUUGUAUGGCAUCCACAAAACCUCUUUAGAUAUUUGUAAAUGCUAUAGUGUGAUACCUUUUAAUGCAAUUUCAUUAUUUUUCUUUUACCAAAUAUGAUUUUUUUUUUGCUUUUGAGAAAAAGUAAAGCAAAAAAAAAAAAAACACUCUGUGUCUGGCUUUGACAUGACGAUCUACUAGCACUGUAAUAUUGUAACUGAAAUAUGUAUGAUCCUAUGAUGAGCUAUCACUUCCCUUUCACUAUUAAAAAAAGGCAUAAAAAUAUUCCAGUGUAAUAUAAAAUGUAUGUAGUGUAUGCUAUUGUUUAGUGGGCGUUCAUGCUGUCAUUCUUUCCCAAUGUAUGGUGGUGAACUAUGGUGGCUAUGUGCUGUCCUUAAUGGAUCAGCCCGGAUCUGUUGUAAACCCCCUUUUUGUACACCUGCUCAUCUACUGUGACAGUGAAGUAGUAAGUUACAUUUAUUUCAUUUAUUUUCUGGCUUUUUUUAUUUUACCUAAAUGGAUACAGUGGUAAUGUGUUUUGUUUAUAAAUCACCAAUAAAGUUUUCUUUCUUAAAAAUA